CUUCACGUGCUUUCGUGGACAAAGCGUCGCGCUAUCCCGCGUCCCGUUGGCAACUUCCUCAACCUUAAUCUGACCGACGGCCAAUUUCCCCGCCGACGUCAUUGUGCCUGCCAGACUUACCACACGAUGCCUUCAUGCAGCAGAACCCUGCCAUGCCCGCGGCAGCCCUACCCUCGUCGCGCGCCUUUGUAACGCAGCUGUUGAAUUCUUUGUCCGCACUUUCGCAGCACACUGCAGAUGCCGCAGAAGAGUCAACUUUACUCAGUGCCGUACCCGACGAAACGAAGAAACAGCUGCUCUCGCUACAAGUUCUGUUUCCCAGUGAAUUCAUACCAGCACUCGACUUGCUCGACAGGCGACUGGUCACCCGCUUCCACAUUGGCAGCGAUACUCAGCAGAGUACAAUCGAUGUGGGACUUGAAGCAGAACUCAAUCAUCAUGGAGACAUUCAAUACCAGCAAGAGAACCGAGUGCAGACAGGCGACGAGCCAAUGAAGGAUGCGGAUCAUGAAGCUAUCACAACACCCGCAUUCAAAGCGUCUAUUCGAAACCCAACAGACAAGCAGACGGAGGACCAAACAAUAGUGGACGUCCCUACACAAGGAGACAACACACCAACAGACCAGCAAUCCAAAGUGUACUACGUACGCUCCGCCCAACAACGCUCCUCCCGCUACAGCACUUCUUACGACACAACAAGUUCCUACGAAGUCCGCCUCCAAGCCUGGAACUGCUCAUGCCCCGCGUUUGCCUUCUCUGCAUUCCCAGCCGUACACCCUGAGCCUCCAGCUACCCUAUACUCUCCUGCCAAUGUGGCCGAUGCUACGGUAGAACAGCAGACGACAGGACAGGAAGAGCAUGUCGGGUGGACUUUUGGCGGUGUGGGCCUAGGCGAUGGGAUGCCACCGGUCUGCAAGCACCUCCUGGCAUGCGUGCUGGCGGAGAGGUGCAGUGGGUUGUUUGGCGCGUUUAUAGAAGAGAGGCAUGUCAGUGUAGAGGAAGCAGCUGGACGGGCUGCAGGAUGGGGGGAUUAAAUCUGCGCGUCGCGGGUCCAGAUUCUGUGGUUCUGCUGCAUAUGAUACCCCGCCGAAGCAGCACGGCACUGACAAAGCAUGAGAUUGUUCACGGUGUUCACACACUAGUUUCAGUGAAUUCAAGACUUUGAAUUGUGUAUUUGCUUUAUCAUCAUG